AUGAAACCACAAAUAUGUUUAUUAGGGAUUUAGAAAUUUGCCAAAGAUAAAUAAGUUUUGAAAUAAUUAUAAGAAUAAUUAGGAGAUAAAUUUAUCAAUCCUACAGAAAUUAUUAAACCAAAAAUGAAGCCAUUUUGUUUUUUGUAAUUUAUUGAUGAAGAUUAAAAAAAUGUAUUUAUUUUAAUUAUAGUAAGAAAUUUGUUAAAUUGAUUGAGGAAAACCCAGAAUUAAAGCUUAGAAUUGGAGAAGUGCAUAAUGAAAAUGCUUUUGAAAAAUAAUUAGAAAAGAAAAUAAAAUAAUAAAAAUAAAAUGAAGAUGAAAUAAAAUAAUUUUAAGAAAAGCAUUAAAAUAGAGAUGUUAUUGAAAGAUAAGAGAAUGAAUUAGCGUUAUAAACUGCUCCUCUUUAUUAAGUAAAAUAUGAAGAAUAGAUUGAAUAAAAAAUGUGUGAACUUAAAAAGGUAAUAAAAAAAUUAAAAAAUUAAUUUAUAUAAAAAAAUGGAAAAGAGUAUGCACCAGAUUGGAUUUUAGAGUAAUAAUUGAUGAAAUAAAUAGUACUAAUUUAAUUAAAUUAAAUGAUCCAGUUACUUGUGAAGAAUAAUUUAGAUUUAAUUAUAGAAAUAAAAGUGAAUUUACAAUUAGUUAUAAUAGUCAAAAAGAAGUGAGCGUUGGUUUUAAUGUGGGUUCAAUUCAAAAAAAUAAUGAUAGUGUAGAAUAAGUAAUAAAAACAUAUAUUAAAGCCAAAUACAUGUCCUGUUACACCAGCGAUAGCUAUUGAAAUUGCUAAUUAAUUUUAGACUUAUUUAUAAUCGUCUAAGUAUUAACCUUUUAAUAGAUAAAAUGGAAGUGGAGUUUGGAGGAUGUUAAGUGUUAGAAAAAGUGAUAGGACUAAAUAAUUAUUAAUAAGUAUAAGCAUAAAUAAAGAUAAUAUAACUUAAGAAGAGUAUACUUUGAUUAGUGAAGAAUUAAUCAAAUUAUUUAAGACUAAUUAUGGAGAGUAUAAUUUAGAAGGAUUAUUAUUAAUGCAUUCGAAUAAAUUGGGUUAGGAUUUAGCCAGUUCUGUUGAAGAUACUAAAAUAUUAUAUGGUAAUUCAUACUACCAAGAAAUUAUUUUAGAUAAAAAAAUCAAUAUAUCUUAUAAUGCAUUUUCUUAAAAUCAUACACCUUAAUGUGAUAAAUUAUAUUAAACUAUUAUUGAUCUUUGCAAAAACAAAAAAAUUACAAAAUUUUUAGACUUAUGUGCUGGUAGUGGCACAAUUGGAAUUUGUGUUAGCGACUAAAUUUAAGAUAUUUUAGCAAUUGAAAUGAAUGAAUCUUCAUGUAAAGAUGCAACUGAAAAUUAUAAACUAAACAAUCUUUAAAAUUGUUAGAUUAUUUGUUCUAAGGUGGAAGAUGUAAUUAAAAAAGUUGCAUAAGAUUUAAAAAGCUUUUAAGGAAAAUAACAAUUAAUGGCUUGUCUAGAUCCUCCAAGAGCUGGAGUUCUUAAUAAUGUUAUUGAGGCUAUCAGAACAUGUAAAGGUAUAGAUCACAUUAUUUAUGUUUCUUGUUCUCCUCCUUAAGUCAUUGAUAAUUUAAUUUAACUAUGCUUACCUUAAUCUAAAAGGAAUAAAGCACCAGGAUUUAAAUUAGUAAAUGUAACAUUAGUUGACAUGUUUCCAUAAACAAGCCAUUUUGAAGCAAUAUUCUAUUUAGAAAGAGAUUAUGGCAUUUUAUCUGAACUGAUGUGAUAUAAUUUAUGAUUGUUUUGUAAAAUAAUAAAUUAAUAGG